GUAUGGGCGGGGCGGCGUAAACGUGGUUGUGGCGCUGCGGCGGGAAUUUUCAAACGCUCAACCAAGACCAGAGGAUUCUACCGUUCGGCGUCCGGUUUUUACAUUAGAACGUUCCCGUAGAAACAUUGACUGAACGCUUACCAGUUCAAUGUGUCGCCUCGUCGACAGAAAGUGGGGUAGAUAGACGGUAGCGCACUAUGGGCGUUCACUAGCGCGUAAUGUUGUUUCAGACUUCCUGUUGUUACAGUUUAGCGACCUCCACUCACAUUAUACAUAUUCAACAUCGUUUAAAAGAGAAUAUUGACGGAUUUUGAGACUUAGCGAUAAAAAAAACACACAUGGAUCACUGCAGUGGGAGGCAAGAGGAGAGGAAACCUCAUACAACCAGCACAUGUUUUGGUCAGUAUGCAUACACUGCAGAGGAGUACCAGGCAGUCCAGAAUGCUCUGCGGCAGAAACUCGGACCUGAAUAUAUCAGCUCCAGACAGGCUGGAGGAGGACAAAAGGUGUGCUAUAUCGAAGGUCACAAAGUUAUAAGCCUUGCCAAUGAAAUGUUUGGAUAUAAUGGAUGGUCACACUCAAUAUCUCAGCAGAAUGUCGAUUUUGUAGACCUUAUCAAUGGGAAAUUUUAUGUUGGAGUCAGUGCCUUUGUGAAGGUCCAAUUGAAGGAUGGCUCGUUCCAUGAGGAUGUAGGUUAUGGGGUGAGCGAAGGCCUCAAAUCCAAAGCUCUGUCACUGGAAAAAGCGAGAAAAGAAGCCGUCACAGAUGGAUUGAAACGAGCACUCAAGUGUUUUGGAAACGCGCUUGGAAACUGUAUUCUGAAUAAGGAGUAUCUCAUAGCCAUCAAUAAAAUACCAAAGCAGCCACCUCCUCCUUUAGACCCGGACAAAACCAAACGCUGUGAUGGCGAGCCGUCCGUAGAGAAGGCCAGGUUCGACAGCCUGGCCCGAGCCAACAGCAGGGAAUUUAUCAAACCGGCGGAACCAGCCAACAUCCCUUUUGAGCGAAUGGGAAGUCGCCCUGUACGAGGAGGGCAUGAGAGCGGCACCGGAUCCAGGACUUCAUUGACAAACACGACAGCACAUUCUGGCAACACAUCAGCUCACCAGGACUCUGAAAACAGGCCCAGCAAUAUCUCAAGGUCAGCAGCUGACAUGGCUGACCUGUCCUCGUCUGAUCCUCCACUGGACUCCAAGCAGCAGAGGAAGCUGAGACAGCAGCAGCUGCAGCUAAAGUUCAGACAGGAAAUGGAGGCGAAGAAGUUGCUACAGGAACCGAAAACCGAGCCAUCAAACGCUUGCACGGAAACGCUGCAGUCUGAGCAAGGACAGGCUGUAGGUCCUGUUAACCACAGUACACCAAACGGACACCUGGUGACCACUAAACAGGAGGAGCAUCUGGCUGAUGACCCAGAAUUAUGGAACUUCACUCUGGAUGGCAUUGAUAUUCUCGAAGAUCCUGCAGCAGGAUCCACAGAACCUCCUCGUCCCACCACGCCGAGCCAGCACAAGAUGAUGACACGCAGCAGGACCCCGCAGAGAGCCCAGUACUUGAGACCACCAGCUCGACCUCAGGGGCAUGUCGUUCCUCAAGGCCAGGGAGGAUGUGGCCAAUUCAGAUCCUCUGAGAUGAGAACUACAGCAGGAGCAGGUGGACAACAGAGCCCAUACAGACACGGCCAGAUGAUGAAGAAACGAAAACUGGAGACGCAAUGUAUUUAACUAUUUAUUUUCUUUUAGAAAAUCUUGUUUUUAUCUAGAUUAGUUUUUUUUUUUUUUUACUAAUUUGUGAAUAUGAAAAGCUAAUAAAUGUUUGUUACGUGGUC